GUAAUCCUUGAGCGUUGAGCAUCUGAAGCAAACGGUUGCUUUUGUGGAAGUGAUUUUCUAUUAUUUUCCAAUUCGGUGAUUUUCGUGUGUGCCACAUUGCAUUUUUAUUUUGCUACCAGUUUUGAAGCAGAAAAAGUGAUCGUGAAAACAAGUGUUAUGGGGUUUUAAUGAUCGGUAUUACGGCAGUUCGUUUUACACAAAAAUAAAAUCGAUUUUUCUAAACUAACCUCGAAAUACGACGCGACACCUUCGUGUAGCUAGAAAGCAAUAACAAUGUCCACUUCGGUAUCGGAAUCCUCCCGCGCACGUCAGGAACCCUCGGAAACGGGCGCGACCAUCCUGACCAGUCGUUCGGCGGAAAGUUUAAGCUCGUUGGAGUCCGUCGAUUCGGAACCCGGCGAUGUCGGAUCGCCGGCGGUCGCGAGUGUCGAUGCCGCCGCGGUAGUGAGUGUGCCGUUUUUUCGCCUGCAGCGAUGUUCGACGGGGCUGGGUCUGUCUCCUAUGUCGGAGAUUGCUCACAACCUCGAGGAAACUAGUUUGGGCACGCCCAAAAGCAAACGUGCGAUCGGUGGUGGACGCGAACGGUCCUUGGUGCGAGUGAUUUCGUCCGACUUCAAAAGUUUGCUUGAAGCAGGCGAGAGUGGCAGUAGCAGAAGCGGUCACCGUGAGCCGCAGGAGACACUACCGAAUGGCGAUGGCGUCGUCGGUGACGAUGAAAGCAGAAACAUCGACGGCGACGACAACGUCAAUGAUGAAACUGACCAAAGUCGCAUUUCGACCACCUUCUCGUUGAACUCAGCCGGCAGGUCGCCGGCUAGUCGCCUGACAGAGCAGCGGCAACGCAGCGCUCAGCGCAGACUGCACAUUGCGCCAUUGCGCAUGGACAACAAAUUCCUGGGAUCACCCGGCAAGGAAAAUCUACCGACCGAGGAAGAGCUGUCGUUCUACCAUGGCAACAGUCCACAGCCCAGCCCUCGGCCGUGCAGUCCCUGCGACUGCCCGGAGGACACCGCCGAGCUGCUCCCAUCGGAAAUCACCCCCAACAAGCAAACCAUCAUCAACCCUGCCAUGCUGGAAGAUGCCGACAUUGGAAGUGCCAACCGGCUAAGACGACCCCUGGAAGACUAUGACCCCAACUCGAUGGACUCUGGCUAUGGCGCGAGCGUAUCCAGCGAUGGCCACAAAAGCCAAUCGCUGUUCCGCUUCAUUCAACCUUCCGCUCCCCGCCAGAACACGACCGCCGUUUCGCCAGCUGCCAACUCGAUGCGGAUUUUCCACAGCCUCUCCUCUGGCUCGAUGGAAUCCAUGGACGACAUCGACAUGGAGCUGUUCGAGAUGGACACCCUGGACGACAAUGCCCAACUGCCCAGCAACCUCAACUCGCUGAUAUGUGGGGACAUUAAAGCUACGAAGACCACUCCGGAAACCAAGCGACCAUUCUUCCGCCGUUGUCUGAGUCUUUCCGAAAAUCCGAUUGCUCAGCGCGCCAAGUCCAACCUCAUCUUCGGAUCCCCCAUUGCCAACAGCUAUCAAUCCCCUGCCAAAACCCCGGAACGUCUCCGAGCCACCCAUGACAAGGAGAACCUCAACAUCACUCCAUUCUCUUCCCGGCCUGAUGCGAAUCGGUGUUUCAAACGCCCGGAACCUCCAGGAAUCAGCCCGAUUCAAAGCAAACGCCCCAAAACUGAAGUCCUCACCCCUGUCAGCUCAAUGCGUACCGUAGAACCAUCUCCACGUGACAGCCCCUCCUUAUUGACUAUUCCGAAGCGACCGAUCCUACAAAAGUCGAUGUCCAUGAACGAUGCCCACAUCAUGAGCGCCCUCUCGCGGUCUUCCUCGGAACCGGACCUGAUCGGCGAUUUCAGCAAAUCGUACAUCCUGCCCCUAACCGAGGGUCGUCAUCGGGACCUGAAAUCGAUCACUCCGACAAUCAUGGCAGAGCUGAUGCGAGGCACUUUCGACCAUCAGGUCGCUUCAUUCAAAAUAAUCGACUGCCGGUAUCCGUACGAGUUCGAGGGAGGCCACAUCCGCAAUGCCAAGAACCUCUACACCCAGGAGCAGAUCCUGGAAGAACUGAUCAAAAGCAAGACUGAACCGCCGAAGGUGGUGGACUGCUCCAAUGCGCCCAAGCGCCACAUCAUCGUGUUCCACUGCGAGUUCUCCUCCGAGCGGGGACCUAAGCUAUCCCGCUUCCUGCGCAAUCACGACCGAAUCCUCAACUCGGACAGCUACCCGGCGUUGCACUAUCCGGAGAUCUACCUGCUGCACGGUGGCUACAAAGACUUUUUCGCCCUGCACCCGGACCUGUGCGACCCGAUUGCCUACCGGCCGAUGCUGGACCCGCUGUUCGGUGAUGCGUAUCGGCACUUCCGGUCCAAGAGCCGCAGCUGGAACGGCGGUGACGUCGUGCGGGGGUCCGCCAUGCCCGGUACCGGCCCGAGUGGGUCCGGCGGAACGGGUAGCGGCGGAACUCGACUCGUCAAGUCCCGCUCGAGGUUAGUACUGUGAGAGGCGUGAGACUGAAUUCCGGAAGCCCCCCACCCCAAAGGUGUCGAGUUUCUUUUGUUGUAUUUUGUGUAGGGAAGUUGGUAAAAGUGACGUUUUUAUUGUUUUUUUUUCUUGAUUUUAUUUUUUUAAGUAUUUUUCGAAGAGAUUAGACAUUUUUCAGUUUCUUUUAUGAAAACUUUUUUUCCAUAGUUUCUUUUGUAAGACAUAUUAGUUUGUUUAACAGCUUCUCUUUGGCAAUAUAGAACGUUUUGGUGAGCGUCAUCUACGGGAAAGACAGAAUGAGAUGUAAAUUAUCUGCGAACAAAUUAUCGAAAGUUUUAUUUUCACCCUACUUCACGUGUUCAAUAGUUUUUUGUUUGUUAUCCACAUAUUUUAUCUGUGAUUUAGACUUCUUUUUUAUGAAUUUGAUUUUUACAAGAAUUUUUAUGAUACUUUAUUAUCUGAACAUACGAAGGGAAAAAUAAGAGACGGGAGCUACACUGAAACAAAAUUGCAAAUCUCUAGAAACAAAAAUAUUAAAACUACAAAUUAGUCAACAUUUUAGCAGAAAACUUUUCGAACAAAAUUUGUAUACAAAUUUAUUUUCAAUUUAGGAGAAAUAUAAUCAAUAGAUAGUAUCGAGGGAGGCAGUCCAUACACUGAUCUAAAAAUGCAGAUACGUUUAGUUGUUGCACUGGAAGAAGCAGAUAUGAAAAUACUUCUUGUAAAACCUAUCCACGUUCUAGAGAUAAUUGUAGAAAAAAUCACAAAAGCAACCAGUAAGUGCAAAAAACUCCCCGUUUCAUUAAAACCGAAUUGUACAUUUCAAAACAACGCGAGUAUCGAGACAACGCAAGCCCAAUGAACUAUCGUUAAGCCUCUAUAAGACACUCCUUUAUUUCUGUAAGAUUGGAGAGAUCCCACUGUUCUAAAUUCAUCCUAGAUUCUAUCGUCUAAACCGACUUUUAACCCAAGGUGAAAAGUGCAAAUUAGCUCUAAGGUAUGUUACGUAAAAAAUCGACCUUUUUUGUUGUAGAGAACUGAAGUACGAUGGGUGUCUGUCUCCGCUUAGAUUCUCUUGUUGUUGAUGCAAAUUUAGCUGCCUUCACGAGGCCCACCGUACUCUUUGUCAGAAUGAUAACCGGAAUACAUCGUUCGUAUUCCGUUUUGCUUCGUGAAUGUCGCUAAUAAGACAUCGAAAAACGCACAAAAAAUCGCCAGAGGAAACUAAACGUAGACAGAUUUUCAUUUGUGCCUUACUGGGUCCAAUUCGAAUAUUUUAGCGAGAAAAUUGUGUGUUUGGGUGUGAGCAACGGAAAAAAGCGACCCGCGAAGCCUACUUUGACCCGCUAUCCACCAGACUGUCAAAUUAUCCUUGCAUUCGAAAAUGAACUAAUUAUCAUCAGCGUCUAAAAGACCCCUGUCCAAGACAAAUCAAACAGUUAUCAAACAGAACGAAGCGGGCUUCGAUUGGUCGUUUAGCGAUUUAGGUAUUUUCCAUAAUGUGUGCAGUUUGUUUUAGAACUACAAGAAAAAAAACUUUGAAAAAUUGAAAUUCAUAAAAAUUGAUUCGGACUGACUUUGGAUCCUGUAUAAAGAAAACAUAUAGAUUAAUAUAUAUUUAAACAAAAAAGAUGCAAGUUGAUUGAAAAGUUCUUUUCUACGACAUAGAAAAAGAAAAUAUAAGUGCAAAAAUAGCUUGAUACCCUUAUUAGUUUGUAAGUGAAAUCGAGAGAAUAAGACGUAGUUAAAAGGAAAAAAAUGCAUAAAAUUUGACUAAAAAGCAGGAUUGCAAUGUAUAAAUAAAUAAUAUUUUCGUAUUUCGGAUAGUUUCGGUUUAGAUUGUAGCAGUCUCUGCGAAAGCAGAGAUCAGAUUUUAAUUUAUAUCAUAUUGUAUAGUAGAAGAACUGAGCUAAGACUGUACAUAUUUCGCGUUUCUUUUCUAUGAAAAAGAGUUUAGCACAAGUGCACAAACAACGUCACGACGCAGUUAACAUACAUUGUUCCGCUGUAAGUGGCUGAGUCUUUGGACUGAAAAUAAAGUAAAAAUUAUUUCGAAAAUUUA